AUGCAGCUCCUCACUGCUGUCCUGCUUGGCUUGUCGACGUCGACGGCCGUCCUUGGAGCGGAGUACCGCGUUGGUGUCGGGAAGGACGAGACGACUGGACGCAAGGGCAAGGGAUUCGACCCGUCUGUUAUUCACCCCAUUGCUGGAGACGUUAUUGCGUUCGAGUUUAGAAGCGGAGCACAUAGUGCUGUUCAAUCCGAAUUCGACAACCCUUGCGUGUACAAUGGGGGAUUUAACUCUGGUGUCUUCACGGUGGCAGACGACCUCCACGUAGACGCACCAGGUCUCCCCAUCGUGCGAGUUACAGUGAACAGCACCGAACCACUCUGGUUCUUCGACGAAGCAGGCGGAUUGUGCCACCAAGGCGCCGUUCUCGCCGUGAACCCCACCUCCCAACAGACCGACGUCCAAUUCAAGCUCAACGCCGCGCAACCACCUAAACCCGCUUCGUACACCAACUCGCCGUCGCAUUCGAAGACGGCGGGGGGAGAGGGCCCGAGUCAGGCCGUGGAGGAUGUGGUUACGGAGGAGGGGGCGGCUGUUGCGGUGCGACCUUUGGGAGUGGGGGUGCAGGGUGAAGGGCGUUUGUCGGCUGGGUUCAAGAUUUGUGUUGGGUUGGGUGUUGCGUAUGGGUUUUAUGGGUUGGUGUUAUAAGAUGUUUUGAGGAGUGUGUGUGAGGGAGGGGAGGUUAGUGGAACUGGAUUCGGUUCGGGACUUUCGUCUCAUUGGACGGAUUAUUCUCUUCGCUUUUCAAUCGUCGCUCAUUUUUAUGCUCUGUCGCCGCUUUCGUUCAUUGCACUACAUACAUUCUUUAUCGCUUUCGUUUUCAACAGUAACUCCAUACAAAACAUUACCCUAAAGCUACCCACAGGUCUCGCUAAUCAACGUCAAGACAAUGUAUCUGUC